AUGAUUAUUUUUACUCUAUUCACUAUUAUAUAAUCAUAAAUAGCACAUUUAUCAUUAAAUGGAGAUGGCAUUAAAUAGUAACUGCUUCUAAUGAUAGAUGAAAAUUAAUUGGAUUGCUAAACUAUAUAAUUGCUAAUCUCUGAGGAUUUGGAUAGCAGAUUCUCAAUUUGGUAACAGAAGAAUAAAUCAUACUGGAAUCCCAUUUGUAAUGUGCAAAACAAUCUAUAUAAAAUGAUUUAUCGGAAUUAGAAUAACUAAAAAAGAGAUUCAAUAAUCAUGACAGUCAUGUCCUCAUUAAACAUAUAAUCCUAUGGGCAUAAUCAAGAGCUAACAUUUUGA